AAGGAGAAGGAACAAAAAGAGAUCAUGAGCGAGCUGUGAGUACUAUACUUCAUCUACAUUUAUAAUUGUCAUAUUGUACUAAUUGAUAGCAAAAAAACUAAAACAUGAGCGAGCACCUUCGACGCAUCGUACAUCGUGAUCCGCCAGCGUGGACAGGCAUAAAAUUUCGCUGUGCGAAGCUGCAUCGGGUGGUGGACAGCACAGGGUUAUGGAUAGAAUUAUUAAUGGGUUCACUAAAAAGACUACUUAGUCAUUAAUAUUACUAUGCUCAGGGGACGAGACAUUCUCGUGAAUCACUCUUCAGGGACCGACGGUGACACUGUCAUCUUCCUGCUCACAGGAUUUACUAUAAUAUGCGUCCUCCCCAGAGCUACAACUUUUUCUCAAAUAAUUGAACAACCACCCUGGAAAGCAUAUUAAGGGCGUACAACAUACUGUCGCCGACAAAUCUACUGCUAUCUUCUGAAGAGGCGUACUCCUAUUUACAAUUAUUGAACAACGACGUAUAAUUGAAAAUAGGAGUACGCCUCUUCAGGAGUACGGCUCUUGAAUAGAGUACGGCUCUUGAAUUGAGUAUGCUAUCACAGGCUAGCGCAGGGAUGACGACAUCCCUGCGCUGCUGUUAAGUUUAUUAAGUCACUUCGGGCUGUCUCGUGUAAGUAUAAGGUCUAGACUUAGAAAACAAGGCCGCGAGGGUCUGAUAUACUGGCAAAGUGCAUGACUUUAAGGAAAAAGGGGAAGAAGAGAGAGGAGGGAAAUACCGCAGAGACAAGAAGGGAGAAACUUGCCCGCUACUUUCUGGAAGCGGCCAGCGAUUGGCAGCAAAGAACUUGGGUCCGAACUGAAGGGAAUGCUUACAGAAGUGCGCUGCUUUGACGGCAAGCGUCUCGCGUGAAAGUAUCGCCAAAGGGCUGCGCGCGUCAGAGCAGGGAAGCUUCGCACAAAUCAACUGAAAAGAACCCAGGCGGCGCGACUUGACUGCACGCGACGCGCGUGAGAGAUAUGCGCCGCGUCUUCAGUCAGUCAUACAGUAGCCACGCAAUGGCCGAAGCCUCAGCAGUAUUGUAUACUGCUGAAAAAGUUGAGAACUGCCACUCAGCAGAAGAAAGGCCACCUCAUUCAGAGCCCGACGGGCCUGGUGCUGCUGCAGACAGUUGCUGCGCGCGACAUUUUUGAAGAAGUUGCAAACUCUUGCGCGCAAGAUAAUGGAUUCGCACCAGAUUGAGACAGCGCGCCCGCUCGAAAAUUUUGACCAGUAUACGCGAGAGGCCCAGCCUAGCUCUUGCCACUGUGUUGCUUGUCCAAUGCGGUGAAAACCUUGAAGAGCUUGCUGGCAGCAAGAAUCGGAACAAUCUUAGAGGCCGAGCGAAUCAGAAAAACAAAAACAGCGACCAUCCCACGAUCGAGAGAGAACUUGCCAAAGCGCCCCACACAGAGGGAACACCUAAAGGAGAGGACUUGGCCAGCGAAUUAAUAGAGAGCAAACAUGUAGCACGUACGGACUACCUGGAUUCGAUAGGCCAGCACUUUGACCGGCUUGCGCCAAACGAAUUGAGAUUAUAGCGGGUUGCGCUGUUUCAGAUAUUGGCGAAACCGUCGCGGGGGAGCUUGUCCAUGCUUCUCCAUGAUACAAAAACCGCGCAACGGGGUAGCCUGAAGGGGGGCCAAAGUGCUGCACUGCUGCCAGGCUUCUGCCUUCUACCAUAAAACAAGCGCGGCGCUUAUCGCUUUGAGCCUGUGGCCGUGGCUUAUUGAAUCCCGCAGCGGCUAAAGCAGUGCGUAGCAUAGUCCAAAGCGAGCGACUUGGUUGGUUCCGCUGGUUUUAAGAUUGCGAUCAGCGAAGCGAGUGCUUAAGAAGCAUGUCUUCGCUGGCUCGCGAGUUAGAAGUAGAUCGAUGCGGUGAGAAUCCUAUACGCUAACACUGACGAAGCAGCAAAAGUCUUGGCGCGUUGUGGUUGAUCUUGGUGGUAACGGCUGCAGGGAUGAGAUGGCACCCCGCCCCACCCGAUCGGUGGGCUUACAUCAUCACCAUCGCCCUGAUCUUGGUGGUAGCACAGUAGUGCCCAUUUUCCAUAGUGUUCCCGUGCUUCAUGCUCAUGCGUGGACAGUGCUCGCGCCCGUGAACUGUGAAGACCAUCCCAGCCGCAUUGCUGGGCUGGUGUUUUGUUUUCUUUGGUUUCCAAUUCCAAAAAGAAACUGGCCGCAAGUGUCUCCGUCGUCGUUCCCGUUCAGCUGGCGCCGGCGCAUGUGCGACAUCUUUUGCCCCGGAAGGAGCACGCUAACGGCAUGACUUGCAGCAAAGACAUGACAAGAAAGCAGAAGAAAACGCGGAGCGUUUGAAUUCUAUGCAUAGAGAGCAAAAGAGAGACCAGGCCCGACCUCGAUGGCAUAACAGUGAAGCGCGCAGCUCUAACGUGCUUCGUGGCUUUGUUUUGCUUUUUUGUCCGGUUUCGCUCCUCUCAUCCAUGUCGCGCGCAGUGCAUCAGCUGAAGUGAACUGUCGACACCGAUGGCGUCGCUUGCAAAAGAUGCAAGAGAACACGCGCGCGAUGCUAGACGCGUGAGCCAGGUGAUGCAAAUCCCGCGCGCUGAUGUGAGAUGGCUCCUCCUUUGAUUGUGCAGCCCAUAUGGCAAAACUAAGGUGUGUUUUGACGAGGUUUGUUUGUAUUCUCCUUUGUCCGUUUUUCGUGGAAACCCACGAAUUGCGGACAAUUUGGAGCCCACGCGGUGUUGUCUCUACUCUCUAGUGAAAGAAGGGAGUGGCUUGGACCGGCGUCCGCUUUUCGUGGGAACCCACGCGGAAAGGGUUGGGGGUCGUGUUGUUCGUUAUGCUCGUGGCUGUCGUGGAGAGCCUUUCCCCACUAGGUCUGAGGUAUCUCUAUCUAGCAUCUGCUGCUGCUGGUGCCGUCAGCUCUAGCGGAGGGGAGCGCUUGGCUGGGAGUCCGUUUUUCGUGGGAACCCACGAAAAGCGGACCGCGUCGCGCUUUAUGCUUGUGGUCCUUGGUUGGGAGUCCGUUUUUCGUGGGAACCCACGAAAAGCGGACCGUGUUGCCCUUUAUGUUUGUGGUCGUCUUGAUGAACAUGUUACAGCUGAGGUGUGAGGUAUCUGCUGGCGGGCAUCGUCUCGAAUGAAGCGCACGGCUUCGCCCGGCGUCCGUUUUUCGUGGGAACCCGUGAAAAGCGGACCGCGCUACGCUUUAUGCUUGUGGUCGUCUUAAGCCUAAUCCUAAUGAAGAAGAAGAUGCUACCCGUGAGGCGUGGGGUAUCUGUUGGUCUUGGUGGUGUCGUCUCUAGUGAAGGGAGUGGCUUGGGCCGGCGUCCGCUUUUCGUGGGAACCCACGAGGAAAGGGCUGGGGGUCGUGUUGUUCGUUAUGCUCGUGGUUGUCGUGGAGAGCCUUUCGCCACUAGGUGCGAGGUAUCUCUAUCUAGCAUCUGCUGCUGCUGGUGCCGUCAGCUCUAGCGGAGGGGAGCGCUUGGCUGGGAGUCCGUUUUUCGUGGUAACCCACGAAAAGCGGACCGCGUCGCGCUUUAUGCUUGUGCGUGGUCCUUGGUUGGGAGUCCGUUUUUCGUGGGAACCUACCCACGAAAAGCGGACCGUGUUGCGCUUCAGGUUUGUGGUCGUCUUGAUGAAGAUGUUAGUGCUACAGCUUAGGUGUGAGGUAUCUGCUGGUGGUAGGCAUCGUCUCGAGUGAAGCGCAUGGCUUGGCCCGGCGUCCGUUUUUCGUGGGAACCUGUGAAAAGCGGACCGCGCUACGCUUUAUGCUUGUGGUCGUCCUAAUGAAGAAGAAGAUGCUACCCGUACCCGCGAGGCGUGAGGUAUCUGCUCCUGCUGGUGGUGUCGUCUCUACUGAAGGGAGUGGCUUGGCCCGGCGUCCGCUUUUCGUGGGAGCCCAUGAGGCAAGGGCUGGGGGUCGUGUUGUUCGUUAUGCUCGUGGCUGUCGUGGAGAGCCUUUCUCCACUAGGUGCGAGGUGUCUCUAUCUAGCAUCUGCUGCUGGUGCUGCCGUCAGUUCUAGCGGAGGGGAGUGCUUGGCUGGGAGUCCGUUUCUCGUGGUAACCCACGAAAAGCGGACCGCGUCGCGCUUUAUCCUUGUGGUCCUUGGUUGGGAGUCUGUUUUUCGUGGAAACCCACGAAAAGCGGACCGUGUUGCCCUUUAUGUUUGUGGUCGUCUUGAUGAAGAUGCUACAGCUGAGGUGUGAGGUAUCUGCUGGUAGGCAUCGUCUCGAGUGAAGCGCACGGCUUGGCCCGGCGUCCGUUUUUCGUGGGAGCCCCCCCGUGAAAAGCGGACCGCGCUACGCUUUAUGCUUGUGGUCGUCCUAGUCCUAAUGAAGAAGAAGGUGCUACCCGUGAGGCGUGGCGUAUCUGUUGGCGGUGUCGUCUCUAGUGAAGGGAGUGGCUUGGGCUGGCGUCCGCUUUUCGUGGGAACCCACGAGGAAAGGGCUGGGGGUCGUGUUGUUCGUUAUGCUCGUGGCUGUCGUGGAGAGCCUUUCGCCAUUAGGUAUGAGGUAUCUCUAUCUAGCAUCUGCUGCUGCUGCUGCCGUCAGCUCUAGCGGAGGGGAGCGCUUGGCUGGGAGUCUGUUUUUCGUGGUAACCCACGAAAAGCGGACUGCGUCGCGCUUUAUGCUUGUGGUCCUUGGUUGGGAGUCCGUUUUUCGUGGGAACCCACGAAAAGCGGACCGCGUUGCGCUUUAUGUUUGUGGUCGUCUUGAUGAAGUUGGUGGCGUCAUCUCUACUGCAGGGAUUUGCUUGCUCCGGCGCCCCUUUUUCGUGGGAACCCACAAAGAGUGGGCUGCUCUUGGGCAUCGUGGGGAACACGUUACCCGCGGCCGGAGGGGUCACUUGGCUUGGGGUCGGUUUUUCCGUGGAGCCCACGAAAAGCGGACUGCGCAGCGCGUUGUGGUCGGUGAUCAUCGGCGUCGUCGAUCGUCUGUGGCGUCGAUUGGUUGCGCCGUUUGUCGGCGGUGCCGUCGAUCGUCUGCGUCGUCGAUCGUCUUUGUCGUUAUCUCCCCUAGGCUAGCCCUAGCGCAGGCGUGUCGUCAUGACCUCGAGGACAUGAAGGCGCGUGGGCUGGAGUCCGCUUCUCGUGGGACGGCGUUGCGCGUCUUGCCGAUCUCGUCAGUCGUCGGUCGUCGAUCGUCAGUCGUCGAUCGUCAGUCGUCGAUCGUCUGUCGUCGAUCGUCUGUCGUCGAUCGUCAGUCGUCGAUCGUCAGUCGUCGAUCGUCAGUCGUCGAUCGUCAGUCGUCGAUCGUCAGUCGUCGAUCGUCAGUCGUCAGUCGUCGGUCGUCAGUCGUCGAUCGUCAGUCGUCGAUCGUGAUCGUCAGUCGUCGAUCGUCGAUCGUCCGUCGUCGAUCGUGAUCGUCAGUCGUCGAUCGUGAUCGUCAGUCGUCGAUCGUGAUCGUCAGUCGUCGAUCGUGAUCGUCAGUCGUCGAUCGUCAUCGUCAGUCAUCGAUCGUCAGUCGUCGAUCGUCCGAUCGUCAGUCGUCGAUCGUCAGUCGUCGAUCGUCAGUCGUCGAUCGUCAGUCGUCGAUCGUCAGUCGUCGAUCGUCAGUCGUCGAUCGUCAGUCGUCGAUCGUCAGUCGUCGAUCGUCAGUCGUCGAUCGUCAGUCGUCGAUCGUCAGUCGUCGAUCGUCAGUCGUCGAUCGUCAGUCGUCGAUCGUCAGUCGUCGAUCGUCAGUCGUCGAUCGUCAGUCGUCGAUCGUCAGUCGUCGAUCGUCAGUCGUCGAUCGUCAGUCGUCGAUCGUCAGUCGUCGAUCGUCAGUCGUCGAUCGUCAGUCGUCGAUCGUCAGUCGUCGAUCGUCAGUCGUCGAUCGUCAGUCGUCGAUCGUCAGUCGUCGAUCGUCAGUCGUCGAUCGUCAGUCGUCGAUCGUCAGUCGUCGAUCGUCAGUCGUCGAUCGUCAGUCGUCGAUCGUCAGUCGUCGAUCGUCAGUCGUCGAUCGUCAGUCGUCGAUCGUCAGUCGUCGAUCGUCAGUCGUCGAUCGUCAGUCGUCGAUCGUCAGUCGUCGAUCGUCAGUCGUCGAUCGUCAGUCGUCGAUCGUCAGUCGUCGAUCGUCAGUCGUCGAUCGUCAGUCGUCGAUCGUCAGUCGUCGAUCGUCAGUCGUCGAUCGUCAGUCGUCGAUCGUCAGUCGUCGAUCGUCAGUCGUCGAUCGUCAGUCGUCGAUCGUCAGUCGUCGAUCGUCAGUCGUCGAUCGUCAGUCGUCGAUCGUCAGUCGUCGAUCGUCAGUCGUCGAUCGUCAGUCGUCGAUCGUCAGUCGUCGAUCGUCAGUCGUCGAUCGUCAGUCGUCGAUCGUCAGUCGUCGAUCGUCAGUCGUCGAUCGUCAGUCGUCGAUCGUCAGUCGUCGAUCGUCAGUCGUCGAUCGUCAGUCGUCGAUCGUCAGUCGUCGAUCGUCAGUCGUCGAUCGUCAGUCGUCGAUCGUCAGUCGUCGAUCGUCAGUCGUCGAUCGUCAGUCGUCGAUCGUCAGUCGUCGAUCGUCAGUCGUCGAUCGUCAGUCGUCGAUCGUCAGUCGUCGAUCGUCAGUCGUCGAUCGUCAGUCGUCGAUCGUCAGUCGUCGAUCGUCAGUCGUCGAUCGUCAGUCGUCGAUCGUCAGUCGUCGAUCGUCAGUCGUCGAUCGUCAGUCGUCGAUCGUCAGUCGUCGAUCGUCAGUCGUCGAUCGUCAGUCGUCGAUCGUCAGUCGUCGAUCGUCAGUCGUCGAUCGUCAGUCGUCGAUCGUCAGUCGUCGAUCGUCAGUCGUCGAUCGUCAGUCGUCGAUCGUCAGUCGUCGAUCGUCAGUCGUCGAUCGUCAGUCGUCGAUCGUCAGUCGUCGAUCGUCAGUCGUCGAUCGUCAGUCGUCGAUCGUCAGUCGUCGAUCGUCAGUCGUCGAUCGUCAGUCGUCGAUCGUCAGUCGUCGAUCGUCAGUCGUCGAUCGUCAGUCGUCGAUCGUCAGUCGUCGAUCGUCAGUCGUCGAUCGUCAGUCGUCGAUCGUCAGUCGUCGAUCGUCAGUCGUCGAUCGUCAGUCGUCGAUCGUCAGUCGUCGAUCGUCAGUCGUCGAUCGUCAGUCGUCGAUCGUCAGUCGUCGAUCGUCAGUCGUCGAUCGUCAGUCGUCGAUCGUCAGUCGUCGAUCGUCAGUCGUCGAUCGUCAGUCGUCGAUCGUCAGUCGUCGAUCGUCAGUCGUCGAUCGUCAGUCGUCGAUCGUCAGUCGUCGAUCGUCAGUCGUCGAUCGUCAGUCGUCGAUCGUCAGUCGUCGAUCGUCAGUCGUCGAUCGUCAGUCGUCGAUCGUCAGUCGUCGAUCGUCAGUCGUCGAUCGUCAGUCGUCGAUCGUCAGUCGUCGAUCGUCAGUCGUCGAUCGUCAGUCGUCGAUCGUCAGUCGUCGAUCGUCAGUCGUCGAUCGUCAGUCGUCGAUCGUCAGUCGUCGAUCGUCAGUCGUCGAUCGUCAGUCGUCGAUCGUCAGUCGUCGAUCGUCAGUCGUCGAUCGUCAGUCGUCGAUCGUCAGUCGUCGAUCGUCAGUCGUCGAUCGUCAGUCGUCGAUCGUCAGUCGUCGAUCGUCAGUCGUCGAUCGUCAGUCGUCGAUCGUCAGUCGUCGAUCGUCAGUCGUCGAUCGUCAGUCGUCGAUCGUCAGUCGUCGAUCGUCAGUCGUCGAUCGUCAGUCGUCGAUCGUCAGUCGUCGAUCGUCAGUCGUCGAAUGUCAGUCGUCGAUCGUCAGUCGUCGAUCGUCAGUCGUCGCAGUGUGCUUGUCGUGCGUACCCACGAAAAGCGGACUCCGAGCGACAACACGGAGACGGACACCGACGAUCGACGACAGGACGCACAACCCACAGCGCAGUCCGCUUCUCGUGGUAUCCCACGACAAGCGGACUCUAGACCGAACAUCGCCCUCCGCGAGAGGUGAUGACGCCACGGCGACAGAAAGCACAAGGCGCAGCGCAGUCCGCUUGUCGUGGGUACCCACGAAAAGCGGACUCCAAGUGACGACAUGGACACCGACGAUCGACGACAUGAUGCACAACUCACAGCGCAGUCCGCUUCUCGUGGUAUCCCACGACAGGCGGACUCUAGACUGAGCAUCUUCAGACACCUGCGUUCUGCUGUCAUGCGCCUGCUUUCUGCGCCGUCGCUCGCCUGCUUUCCACGCCUUCAGGCUUCAGCGUCAGGCGUCUUCUUUCUCCACCUCGCUGGUUUCUGUUCCCUAUCCCUGCUGCCUUUCUCGUCGGAAACGGAAUCGGGCUCCUUCUUUCUGUGUUCUUGCUGUGUCUUCAGAUAUCUGCCUUCUGCGCUGUCAGGUGCCUGCCUUCUGUGCCCUUAGGUUCUUGCCUUCUGCGCCUAUGCGUCGCCUCGUAAAAGCCUUGAGAUUGAGAAUGAGACUAAGCUUCUGGAAGUGGAAGCGCGAGCAAGGGAAGUACCUGAGGGCACAGAAAGCAGGCAAUUGACGGCGCAGAAGGCAGGUAGAAACAGAAAGCAGGCCCUUGACGUUGACGGUUGACCUUGUCGUUGACACUUGACAGUUGACGGCGCAGAAGGCAGGCGCCUGCCUUCUGAGCCCUCAGAUACCUGCCUUCUGCGCCCUCAGGGGCCUCUGGCUGCCUUCCCCUUCUGUGGCCUCAGCCUGAGCCCUGACCCUGAGGCCCUUGCCAUCUGCACCCUUCAGGUAGCUGCCUUCUGCGCCGUCAAGUGCCGGCUGUCUGUGCCCUCAGGUAUUUUGUCUUCUGCGCCUUUCAGUUUCAGAUACCUGCCUUCUGUGCUCUUCAGAUACCUGCCUUCUGUGCCCUUCAGAUACCUGCCUUCUGCGCCGUCAAGUGCUUGCCUUCUGUGCGCUCAGGUAGUUGCUUUCUGCGACUUUCAGAUAGCUGCCUUUUGCGCCGUCAGGUGCCUGCUUUCUGUGCCCUCAGGUUCUUGCCUUCUGCUCCUGUGUGGCGCCUCGUAAAAGCCUUGAGACUAAGCCUCUGGGACUGGAAGUGGAAGCGCGAGCAAGGCAAGUACCUGACGGCACAGAAAGCAGGCGCUUGACGUUGACGACGCAGAAACAAAGCAGGUAGACGUAGAACUAGAAACAGAAAGCAGGCAGUUGACGUUGACAGUUGACAGUUGACGGCGCAGAAGGCAGGCGCCUAGGCCUACCUUCUGAGCCCUCAGAUACCUGCCUUCUGCGCCGUCAAGGGCCUCUGGCUGCCUUGGCCUUCUGUGGCCUCAGCCUGAGCCCUGACCCUGACCCUGACCCUGAGGCCCUUGUCAUCUGCACCCUUCAGGUAGCUGCCUUCUGCGCCGUCAAGUGCCCGCUGUCUGUGCCCUCAGGUAUUUUGUCUUCUGCGCCUUUCAGUUUCACUCUCAGCUUCAGACGCCUGCCUUUUGUGCCCUUCAGAUACCUGCCUUCUGUGCCCUUCAGAUACCUGCCUUCUGUGCCCUUCAGAUACCUGCCUUCUGUGCCCUUCAGAUGCUUGCCUUCUGCAGCUGCGCCGUCAAGUGCCUGCCUUCUGUGCGCUCAGGUAGUUGCUUCCUGCGUCCUUCAGAUAGCUGCCUUUUGCGCCGUCAGGUGCCUGCUUUCUGUGCCCUCAGGUUCUUGCUUUCUGCUCCUGUGCGGCGCCUCGUGAAAGCCUUGAGACUAAGCGCCUGGAACUGGAAGUGGAAGCGCGAGCAAGGCAAGUACCUGAGGGCACAGAAAGCAGGCACUUGACGUUGACGACGCAGAAACAGAAGAGAAAGCAGGUAGACGUAGAACUAGAAGUAGAACUAGAAACAGAAAGCAGGCAGUUGGCCUUGACGUUGACAAUGGACAGCUGACGGCGCAGAAAGCAGGUGCCUGCCUUCUGAGCUCUCAGAUACCUGCCUUCUGCGCCGUCGAGGGCCUUUGGGUCUGGGUCUGGCUGCCUUCUGUGACCUUAGCCUCAGCCCUCACGUACUUGUCGUUGUCGUUGUCUUCUGCACCCUUCAGGUACUUGCCUUCUGCGCCUUCAAGUGCUUGCUUUCUGCGCCCUCAGGUAUUUUGUUGUUGUUCUGCGCCUUGCAGUUUCAGAUCCCUGCCUUCUGUGCCCUUGAGUACUUGCCUUCUGCGUCCUUCAGAUACCUGCCUUCUGCGCCGUCAAGUGCCUGCCUUCUGUGCCCUCAAGUACUUUUAGACUUAGUUGCCUUCUGCGCCCUUCAGAUGCCUGCCUUCUGCGCCGUCAAGUGCCUGCCUUUUGUUCCCUCAGGUGCCUGCCUUCUGCACCCUGGACGCAUUUGCCUUGAAUCGCCUUGACUCCGUGGCAGCCGGCGACGCUGACACCGUGUGAAUGUGACAGACCUGGUCUCCUCUGCGCUUGCUUCCUUCACUUCUCUGCACUCUCUCUCCUUUUGUAUGACGUCACCUUAGAGAUCCUGGACGUAAGUCCGCUUUUCGUGGCUUUCCACGAAAACCGGACAAAGGAGAAUACAAACAAACCUCUAGGAGUUCUAUCCAUAUGGUGUGCAGCCCUAUGUAUUUGGCGUCGUGUCAUUUGGAUGCUUCUGGCAUUUAUUUUAUGCGUGUGGCAUGCGUAUGGUAUGCUGCGGGCUGGUGAAGCUGAUGGCUCACCGGUAUGCCGUGGCUUUGUUGUGGCAUUCGUUUUGAUCUUGAUCCCCAGCCGUGUGCGAAGUUCGUCACAACUGUGGCGCCAUGCAUUCCGGGCCCGUCUGGGGGCUCUCCAUGCAAUUUGUAAAGGAUAGCGCUGGCUCGCAGUGAUUUGCUGGCGCUUUUUCUAACAUAUCACCGAGCGGGGUACUCGCUUACUGUUUCCAUACGUAUUGCCUGCCUGCUUUUUCUAUAUUGCUCGAAGGCCUCUACUUGGAUGGAUGGAAAAUGAGAGCCAUCAACCUGACUGCCGCGCUUUGAUUCUCGAACUCGAUCGAUUUGCUUUCAUUUUACUGAAGUGAUGCCUUGCGUUCUAAAGUCGGAAACUGAUGAGCGUGCGUCUCUCGUUGGCUUUCGAAAGCGAUGCGAGCCACAGUGGGGAAGUCAUGUAGCAAGCUACUCCGCUUCCAUGGCCAUCAUUUUUUUGACAGCUUUCCCCGGUGUUUUGGCAGCUUUCUUCGGUACUUUGGUAGCCUUCGCCGCUGCUUUCGGUUGCUUUGUGUUUUUUUUCAUCGGGUUGCGCACUUUCGCCAUUUUCUUCGUAGGGGCAGGCUUUUCCCCAGCGCUUUGCUCGUGCUAGCGCUUUUCAUCGUCGUGGUAGGUAGCCUCGGGCGAUUCGUUGUUCGCGAAGUUGGUUUGUUCUUGUUCUUUGCUUGCGUGCUUCUGCGUCGAUGUUGGUAUCGGAAGAAGAACCUGCCGGGAGUGGAAAUGCGGCGGGGUAUGAAUGUGACGCAUUCCCUUCAAGCUUUUCGGUUGCGUAUGGGCUGGGGUAGCUUCUCACGCAAAGAGUUCGACACUUACGCUUACCAGCAGCAGCCGCUUGAGCUCGCUGGGAGCUCUGACGAAGAAGGCGCAGAGGGAUCGGAAGUAGGCAAACCCGUGGGGUGCUGCGUAGGGGCUUGGGGUGGUUGGUACGCAGCAGCGCCAAGCUUUUCACUUUCAUACUUCUCCAAAAAAUCGCGGCGGAGCACGUCCGGCACCGUGAGCAAAUCAGUAUGGACUUGCGAUUUAUUUUCGCCCAUACUGCGCAUGAGUUUCAGCGCAGAGGCAUCGCCACCCUUGUGGAUGGUGGCUGGCGUCGCGCACUCCUUGGCGGGUGCUGCGGCUACCAACUGCGUCAGCAGAUCAUAGACCUGAAAGAGGGAGAGCCUUAGAGGGCUGGGCCAUGGAGAAGCGUUGCGAGAGAGAAACACGACGCAGGGGCGCAGAGUGUAGACGAAAACUAACGAAGGCGCCGACUUUAGUUUUUUGAUAAGAUAGCAGAGAUUUUUUUUCUGUUUCUUAUGAAAAAAAAGGCAGAACUUAACGCCGUAGGCAGGGGCAUGCGCAUGCUAGACCAUCAGCAGAGUAAACGUCUUGCGUCACUCUACGCCUUAGAUGUAACGCCUAAAAAAGCAGAAAGGAGGCCAGUUGUUGACGAAGUGCUGACGGAUCGAAAACAAAGAGAAAGUUAACAAAAUGACGGUAAUCAAAUGUAUCGACUCGCUUCUUCGUCUGCGUUCUUUGUCUACCUUCUUUGCCUCUCUCAUCGUGUCAAGCAUAAGAAAACCAUCGUCGUGGGCCCGUCUUUCGUCCGUCUUCAUGCUCAAAAAAAAGCCAGACUCUCGGGCAAGGAAUGCAGAACUUCUCGAAACUCGCAAUUCGAUAUAGCUUAUACGAGAUACUAUUUAAUGUUCUACUUGGAAGAUCUAACAAAGAAGCUUGAAUUUGUUCAACCACGAGCAUAACUGGUAAAUCUUCUGUAGUCUAACAUAUCAAUCUUGAAUUUAUGGAUAUCAACUUCUGAAGAGCCCUACUCCCACUUACAAUUAUACGAUCUAUGCAAUUAAUAUCGUAUUUGAAGAGCCGUCUCCUUCUCCUAUUCAUUCAACGAAGCAACCAGUCACUACAAUACAAUUUAUGACGUGUUGAAAUCACGAGGAUGGAAGGAGUGGGGUGCCCCAGCAAAUGUUACCGCAAUGGGAGCUGGAGGAGGUAUAAGUGAUCGAUAUUUUCAGAUUUUGUUCUCUUUUCUAUCCAUCUAAGGACUCCUUACAACAUGGUUAAUACUUCCAGAGUACAAGGUCGUGAACGUGAGCGAUCAACUAGUACUCCCACAUGAUCUAUGCCAACAUGCCAUUCAAUUCACAACUUGAACUUUAAGAAAACCCAAAUAUUCUACUAUAAGGGUGCAGCGAACAACUACUAAUAUUCUCAGACAAGAAGUAGAUUCUUCAUCAAUUCUUACAUCAUCCUCACAAGAGUCUUGCUCUUCUUGUUCUUCUCUCACUUUCAACAUAUCGAUUCGCAACACCUUCAAUAUACUUACAAACAGGAGGAGGCGCCGCUUCCAGCACGACCGCGUCUACGAGAGGUCAACAGGGACAACAACAGCAGACGGAUGUAGGAGAAAUGGGGAACAACUCCUGUGCUGACAAUGAUGAACUACAGAAUGCUACGACCGUAGCUUCACAGCAACAACAUACAUUAAGGAGCCUUUCUGGAAUAAUUCCUGCUAUGUUGUAGAAGUAGUGCUCAUGAUGGAUUCCUGCUAUUAUAAUAAGGGUUCUUUCUGCAUUCCAGGAACAAUAGUUCCUGCUUUGUAGUAGUGCUGUGUAGGUUAACAAUGCUAAUAAGGCUACUAUUAAGACAGUUGAUAGCCUGUAUUUAGUUCUACUUACCCUGAAUAUGCUGUUUGACGAGCAGCCAGAGAAGAUAGAUUGAUUUUCUGGAAGAGAUGAGCAUGUCUCUAAAGUCAAGUGCGGUAACUAAUUCCACGGCUGCGUCCGCGACAACAAGUGCUGGAACAGCCACUGCUUAAGGCUAGACUGUCCCAUGCGAGCUACUGAGUAUUUAUCACUAGAUCUGUCCCAUGCUUGUCACGAUCCCAGGUGAACUAGUAGGCUGAGUGGACUGGAUUCAGUUUCAGUCCAGGAGAAACCAAAGGGAGUCAAGUCACUAGGGGGGACCAAGGGGAAACCAAAGGGAGUCAAAUCACUCACGACGACUCAAGCAGGGACCAUACAUAGCUAUCUUACGACUCAAGGAUUGAGGGCGGAUCAUAGUGAAAAACUAGCAUUAAUAAGUUGCGCCUUUGUCUCGUGCCGAUCGAGAUGGGAUGAAGCAGGAUUGGCAUAUUUUCUGGGCUGACAAAGAUUGGAUCCACAGUGAGUUGGAAAAACUACAUUUGGAACCACAUCUUAUGGUCUUGGGGAAAAUUGUUGUAUUAUUACAUUUGGAACCACUUUCUUGAUCCUAUAGUCUUGGGGAAAAUCGUAAUCGUUGUAUUAUUACAUUGAUUUGGAACCACAUCUUAUGUUGAGAGAAAUACAAAUUAAUAGUUGUAAGUAUAUUAUUGAGUGGAGCUGUAGGAAGGUGUCGUGUAGUUUCAGUCAAUCACUUCCGUGUAGAAGUACAUCGUCUCUCGUAGUCAUCGUCGUUCAUCCCUCGUCCUUCCCGAUGAGCCUUACUUCAUUCGUGCCUCAUCUCCCUUCCUCAUAUCCCAGAAGGUGCUGAACCACAACGACGUAUUAAGUUCCUCCUCUAAAUACCCAAAAAAAUGAACCACGGCUUCCGCAAUCACUAUGAUUGCCUACAUCAACUUCAAGAACAUUGAUCUCCUCCUCCUUCAUACCCCAGAAAGUGAACAGCAACGAUGUUUUUCCCCUUUCAUACCCGAGAAAGUGAACCAUUUCCGCAAUCACUACGAGAUCACGAGAAAAGACCUGCUAUCGAAGAACGUGAAACGACACAAACGCAUAUGAAAGUGUACUCAUACUCAACAACCGAGGCAUUUUCAAACUACUCGAAAACUGAAAAUAACCGAAUUACUGACUGAAAUAAGGGAGGUAGCUUUGACCGGGCUACUCUUGCUUCUCAUCAGUAUGAUCUCGGUUAUUCUCGUCUGUUACUCGCUUAUUUCAGUUUGUCGAAUAGGGGGCUGCCUCUUUGCCUGAGAAUGAGCACGCUUUUUCCUGUCAUAGCGAAUGCUAGAGCGUGAAGGGCGUUGGGAAGAAGCUGCCAAAUACAACGUUUUACCGGUGACAUUCGUGCUGCCGCAAGAAUACUCGAUUUAUGAGAGCUUUUUGGAAUUAUGGGGUAAAUAUGUAGGGCUACUAAAAAACUUUUGUAUAAGGAAUUUUGUGCUGCAACGAGGAAGUAAUGUAACUAGUACAACCUGAAGCGUUACACGCUUUGUCUACCCGUAUGGUGAACCUGGAAAACUCAUCUAACUGGAGUUUGUAGAAGAAUUCAGGCGGGUAGGCGGUGUCUGGAUUAUGAAACCAGUCGGACGAAGUCAAGGAACCGGGAUUUUCAUGGUCACGAAACUUUCACAGAUACAACAGUGGAAACCGGCAGAAAGUACUUCUAAGUGCGACUGCCAAAUGCAGUACCGCUCCCUCCAUUGGCAAUGCAUAUUUAUAGCCAUGAUGAACUACUCGGAAGGGCUUGCCGAUGUAUACGCAUAAACUAUAAGUCUCGAAGAAGUUUGUCUUUGCUCUACGUCUAGUACGUGCAGUAAGAUCACCUCAAAAUCAGGUAGUGCGAUUGGCGGAGGUUACGGCCGUGGCGCCGGAGGUGGACGAGGAAACAAAGAUCAUGGCGAUGCGAUGCUGCAUGACGAAGAAGGGCCUGAGGCUUACAUCGUCCAGAAAUAUAUCGAGAAACCUUUGUUAAUAUUAAGGCUACCGUAUAAGUGCAUCUUACUUACUUGAUCCCGACGUUUCUUAAGAGGUGGAAAAGGGCAUGAUCAGGAUGCUCUUGCAUAUGGAUAAUUUCUCUUUGACAGACACCUACUUGUUUCCUCAGAUAAUUACCGUUUACUAAUCGCAUGUGCCUUUGUUGUACUUAGUUCUAAUGAUAGGCGGCCGGAAAUUCGAUUUACGUAUCUAUGCGCUGGUGACAGGGUAUCAGCCGUUGACUGUCUGGCUAUCGCGUGAGGGUUUUGCGCGUUUUUCGUUGACGAGGUAUAGUUAAGGGUCAAAAGAAUUCAUUUUAUUCACAAGCGUCAUUUUUCGUUGUGUUAAGGCUCAUAGCAAUUCAUCCUAGGAAGCAUCUCUAACCCCCUGCUAAGGGGGAAGCACGCCAAAGAUGCACUUAAAGAUGAAUAUAUGUGAGCUCUAACUAAUUGUAUCCUUCGUUCCUAGGAUUCUAAGGCCAAUGAAAUUGUAUCCUUCAUCCUAGGAUCGGGAAAAAUGAACUAGAGAUGAAGUGAAAUGUUUUGAGCUCUAGUGUAGUGCAGACAGCGUCCGAGAUCCUGCCAAACUUUCUUCCCAUCUGACCAAUGUUGCGGUACAAAAAAACCUGUUUUCGAAAGACAACACGUAUCAGAGAACAUUAUGGUCCUUAUUCUAGGAGAGUUGUAACUAUUUCUGUAGACGUAUGAGCCGCAGAACAAGUGCACUCACACUCAAAAAGUAGCUACUUCUCUACUUAAAUCUUAUUUCUGGAGUGUGAGAAGUGCACUCUUUCUCUCAACACGUAAUAUUAUCAACGAAAGAAAAAGUAGAGCUGCUCACGGACUAUACAUUUUGUUGUAAAAAUUUCUUUGGUGCAUGAUCCAAAUCCACCUCUACUCCCUCGUCCUCCCUCGUCCCUCUUUUUCCUUCAUCUCUCGGAGGCAAGUGGGAAAUCCCCAGAAUGAAGCAGUACCUCAUCAACAAAAUCGGCCGGGAACGCACCAAAGAUUUGUUCCUGCAGUUUGAGGACAUCAUAAUCUAUUCCUUACUAGCAGUCCAGAAAGUCAUCAUAGCGGAUCGACACUGUUAAGGGCUUAGAUUAGGAUUGAGUUAAGGGCUUCUUGGGCAAGGAUUGAGUCAAUAUUUGAGACCUAUGUGGUUGCAUUUGAGAGCAGAAAAUAUAAUUUGCGGCAGUCUGGUGCCCUGGAUUCUGCUCUGUGCGAGAUUGAUUGUAUAUUGUAUUGUAUUGAUCUAUGCUGUUGUUAUAGCCUUCACAACUACUAGAACUAGUAUGCACACUUCUAUCUAUAACUACAGGAUGAAUAUUAGGAGGUUCAGCACCAUAGACAGGGAUCAUACGCAACAUUUUUUAACUGUCUAACACGGUUUCGAGAUGUACGGCUUUGAUAUUAUGAUCGAUGCCGAUUAUCGUGCCAUUCUGUUAAGGCUUCCCCUAUUCCAUCUCUAUGGACAUCCCUCAGCAGUACUAUGCAUCCCAAUAGUACAAGGGACAUAGUACUAUAAGGCGUAUCCUGCUGCCUGCCCCUGCGUGCCGUAAGGCGCGGCAGUGGCGGCCAUGAUGAAUGCUUCAGGCUUCUCGCGGGGAAGGCUAUGCGAGAAUUAUAGUAGACCCAGGUAACAAAUUGCGGAAGCUCUAACUUUGAUCGAGGUGAAUGCUUCGCCAUCACUUACGGCGAAUACCAAAGCAGACUACGACAUGAAGUUCGGAACCUUAGACGAUUUGCUGACCAUCUUGGACUUCGAAAAGUACCUAUCUGGCAGUGAGACCAGAGUUAUGGCUGAAAGAACCUAUUUUUAUGAAAUAGGUACAAGCUGCUAGACCUCAUUAUAUCCUAGGUCUAUCCCACCAAACACCAUAUAUUAUGUACUAGCUUGAAACCGAUUUCCGUAACGUUUUUCUGGCCCUCAACAUCUUGAGUCUAGUAGUAGAUGGAGUGGGGCUGAGAGCUGCUCUAAAAUAAUGGGUGGUUUUGACCUGAUCUACAAGGGUGGCCCAGUGCCGGGGCAUACAGAGUCGAUGUUGGGAACCCGCAACGACAGGCAAGAGAGCCUGAAAAAACUAGCUCAAGAAGUACAACUACGAGCUUUAGUUGGGGUGAAUGGGAAGGCAGAAGGAGGGUGA